AAGAUGGCCGCGCCUUUGUUAGAGAGAAAAUGUGUGUCGUCAAGUGUUGUGACUUUUUACACUUAGUAUUACAAUAAUAAUUGUUAAACAAUUAUAAAUUGUUGUUAAAUCGGUUAAUUAAUUUUUUCUGAACAAAAUUUGAUAUAAAUUAUAACAAACUUUUGUGAAAUUUGGCAAAAAUUAAUGGACAUGUCAAUAGCGUCGGAGCUGACAAAGGACAAUCUUAAUUUGUUAAAUAAUGGACAAAUGAUAUUUGUGAUUUUUGUCAAAAAUCAAGGAACUUGUCAAUGGCGUUGGAGCUGACAAAGUCAAAUCUUAAUUCAUCAAAAAAUAGACAAAUGAUACAAAAAAGUGUAGCUGAAACCUCUAAUGUGUUUAUGAAAUUCAUAAAAUACAAUAAUUAAAACUAGGAUAAAAAAAAAUGACCAAGUCGGUUUGUCAUUGGAGACAAAAUCAUUUUUGAGUACAUUGCACCACAUUCAUCCAUGGCAAAAGCAUUGAUAUUGCUAAUUUAUGUGGAAUAAAAUUUAAAAAAGCUUUAAUGAUGCAGAUAAUAAAAAAAGGAGAACGUGCAAAGAGAGUCACUGCACUGUUUAAACUAAUUUAGACAACUGAGGCUGUUUUUAUGCUAAAAUAUAACAUGAAAAAUACCAAGUGAAUGAUGUUAAUGCUAAAAGUAUUAUAACGUACGUCGACUUUAGUUUGUUUUACCCAGUGCUUCAAAAAUUGAGUGAAUUGUUUAUAAACUUUUUGAUAAUUAAACAAUUAUGAAAUACUGGUACACUUGAAUCCCCCAACAAAAUGCAUCAAGACCAUCCACAUCAUAUUAUGCUUCAACAAUGAUGAAUCUUUGAUAAUGAAAAAUUAAUCCUUAAUUAUUAUGAAUUUCAACUUUAAUUGGAUUUACGAAUAAUUAAGUUAAAUUGAAUCUCAACACAUGUUUUUUUUUUACAACAAAAUUGAAAAAAUUGAUGACAUGGUGCUAGUGUUAUUAAUUUCUAUGCUCUUUCCAAUGUACCACCACUUAUUAUUGUUGUUGGUAAACAUUAACUUGUUUAGGUUGAGCUUUAUCAGUGUGUAUGCAUGUAUGUAUUGAUGUUAGCCGCUGAAGUUGCGCACAGUAGAACCGCUGUUGCUGUUCAGAGUUUGAAGAAAAUUGUGCCUCUACUAGAAAGAAUGCUAAAAAUUUUAUGAACAGCUAGCUUGAGAGAUCCUCUUUUCAAAGUAAUAAAUCGUUCUGAAAUAAUAAUAACAAUAAUAAACUUUUUAUAAUAUUAUUAAAAAGUGAAUCAUCAAGACAAUAAGAAUAAACUAUUAAAAAUAAUUUAUUACAAAAAUCGGUUGAUAUAAAAAAACAUAAUUAAACUAGUUUAUAAACUUCUGUGGUGUAAAAGUAAUGAUGAUGGUGGUGAAAAGUGAUCAUUGUAGUGCUUGUGUUGUGUGUGAUCUAGUGUGAUCAUUGAACCUGUAGUGCUGAUCAGAUAAAAUCAUCAUCAACCACUACAUGACGUUGCUGAUCAAAGAAAAUCAUCAUAAACUACAUGGCCUUGGAGCAUUUUGAUGACUUGCUUGGAAAGAUAAACAUCCACUCGAAAGAAUGGCAGCAGAUGCAGCAAAAAAGAAGGAAGAGCGUGAAGCUCUUCGUAAUGUUGUUAAACAAUGGAAUAAUAAUCGACUUGAUUUGUUUGAACUUUCCGAGCCAAAUGAAGAUUUAGAAUUUCAUGGUGUUAUGAGAUUUUAUUUUCAAGACAGUGGACAUAAAUUUUCAACAAAAUGUAUCAGAGUUGCAUCGGAUGCAACGAGUCAAGCUGUUAUCGAGACACUAAUUGAAAAGUUCCGCCCAGACAUGCGAAUGUUGUCUGUACCCGAGUAUGCACUUUACGAAAUUCAUGAAAAUGGUGAGGAAAGGAAAUUAGGACUUGAAGAAAAACCAUUACUUGUACAACUAAAUUGGCAUAUUGACGAUAGAGAGGGUCGUUUUUUAUUGAGAAGAAUUGAUGACAAGACAAAUGCUAAAGGAGUUGGUUUUGCUGAUGGUACUAGCUUCCGUAGGAAAUUGAGUAAACGUGAAAAAAAACAAAUGAAAAAACAAGAAAAAUUAAGUCGUUUAAAAACUUCCGAUACUGAUGAUCAAAGUUCAGUUACUACUGUUGAUCAAAAUGGUGUUGCUGAAAUGCUUUAUACAGAAUUACCAGAAACUAGUUUUACAAGAAGUAUAUCAAAUCCUGAAGCAGUUAUGCGUCGUCGACGUCAACAAAAAUUAGAACGUAAAUUAAUACAAUUUCGUAGUAAAGAUGGUGGUCCAGAUACUGGUGGUACAUUAAAAAUAUAUGGUGAAGCAUUGUGCAAAGAUGUACCAUACAAAACACUUUUAUUAAGUGUCAGAGAUUCAGCAGCUCAGGUAGUCAGAGAAAUGCUUGCAAAGUAUGGUCUUGACAAGGUUGAUCCUCAACAGUAUUGUCUCGUGCAGGUCAACAAUGACAGCUCACAUGGUACUACCCAACCAGAGUACAUUCUCGAUGACGAUGAAUGCCCAUUAGCAAUUUUGAUGAAUCACCCGUCAACACGAGGUUCAAUUAUGUUUCAUGUGAAGCGACGUCCAUCUGAUCAUGUACCACGUAAGAAAAAAAAGAAACCAACUAAUAAAUCAAGUGAAUAUGAUCAUCGUUAUGAUGAUGAAAGAGUACCAUUUUUAUUGGAAUUAAAUCCAGAUGGUACAGAAAUCAGUAGUGGUGGAACAAGAUAUAAAAUUGGUCCAAAUGUAACUGAAGUUGGUACUGAAAGACCAUAUGGUCCACAGGCUGUACAAGCCCAAACCAUAACUUUAAAUGGUCCAACAGUUAUGCCAAAACAUUGUGUUAUUGCAUUUACUGAUAAUAUUAUAACACUAACACCAUGUUCACGUGAUGCACAUACUUACGUUGACAAUCAACGUAUACAACAUACAACAAUUAUACAGAAUGGUGCAAUCGUGAAAUUUGGACCAUCUUAUACUUUUAAAUUCAUCGAUCCAAUUCCAGAGGAUCGUGUUAGACGUCAAGACAUCAAUCGUCAGGCAAAUUAUGAAUACGACAGACGUACACCUGACAUAAAUAAUCAGGAUGUUAAUUCUGAUAAAAUACGUCCAUCAACACCAACUGAUGCACAACCACCACCAAAUUCAAAUCAAUCAAGUCCAACAAAAUCAUCUACAGCAACAAGUCCACGUAAUUCAAUUCACAAUACACAACAACAACAACAACAACAACAACAACAACAACAACAACAACAACAACAACAACAACAACAGCAAAUACAACAACAUCCACAACAACAACAGCAACAACAACAACAAACACCAACAGAAGCAAUGCAUAAUUAUGAAACAACAUUUGACUUGGAUGGAAAUAUUGAAACAGCAAGUUUAACUAGUAGUCGUGAAGGCAACAGAUUAUCUCAUCAAUCUGAUCAUAUUCAGACACAUGGUGCUGAUCCAAUUUUACCAGCAAUAUUGGAUUUUGUUGAAGAUACUGAAGAUGUAUUUUUCCAUGCAAUAAUAACAGAUGUUGAUCCAAUUGGUCCAAUGAGUCCAUCAUUUAAAUUAUCACCAACAUUUACUUUAUAUUUGGCAGCAAGAUAUCGUGCAAGUACUCAUUAUAAACCUGAGUUAACACCAACAGCAAGAGCUCAUAGAUUAACAGUAAUGUUAAUGAAUGUUGCAACAAUGAUUCAGCAAGUUAUAUGUGAAAGAUCUAUGGAUGGACCAUCGUUAUCGCUAUGGCUUGCAAAUGCAUCUGAAUUAUUGCAUUUUUUACAAAGUGAUCGUCAUAUUGGACCAUUUUCAGUAAAUGCACAAAAUACACUUCGUAAUUCAGUAAUAAUGGCAUUUACAUCAUUGAUACAUUGCGUAUCAAUUGAACUUAAUACACCAUUACGACAUUUUAUGUCAGAUGUUGAUGAGGCUGGUAAAGAAGAACCACUCAUACAAAUAUUUACAAAUAUUAUGGGUUUAUUACGUGUAUGUCGUGUUAAUCCAUCAUUUACAAUACAAUUAUUUAAUCAUUUAUUUCAUUCAAUAAAUGCAAUAUGCUUUAAUUCACUUGUUGCUAAUAAUAAAUUAUGUGCAAGAUGGUUUGGUAGACGUUUAAAAUCACGUAUUUGUGUAUUAGAAGCAUGGAUUGAAGAUCAAGGUCUUGAACAUGCUGGACAAUGUCAUUUAGCAACAAUAAAAGAAGCUGCACAUUUAUUACAAGCAGCAAAAUAUAAUUCUCGUGAUUUAUCAGUCCUACAAUCGAAUUGUUCAAAAUUAAAUUCACUUCAAGUACGUGCAUUAUUACAAAAAUAUCAAUCUGCAAAUGAUGAACCAAGAUUAACAUCUGAUUUAAUUGAAAAUGUUGUACGUAUGGCUGAACAAUCAACUGAUACAACUUUACGUGCACAACGUAUUGAAAUUAGACUUGAAGAAGAACCAUCAUUACCACUUGAUUUAUUAUUCCCAGAUGAUGGUUAUAAUUGUGAAUUAAUACGUGGUAUACCACCUGGUUUAGCUGAAUUUUUAGCACCAUUACAAAAAGAAGGAUUAUGUAGAUUUGCUGGACAAGCAAAUAGUCGAGGUUUUUGGACUAUAUAUAUGGUUGAUUUACAUCAUCAUAAUAUUAGAAGUCCAAGUGCUAUGAGUAAUAAAUCAGCUGGUUAUUCAGCUAAUCAAGUAACACGUUAUUCUAGUCAACCAGUUAUCCAAACAAUUAAAUUACAUAAAUCAACAAAUGGCAUGGGACUUAGUAUUGUUGCUGCUCGAGGUACUGAUCAAGAGCAUCAAGGUGUUUAUAUUAAAAGUGUCGUUCCUGGAGGUGCUGCUGAUGCGGAUAAACGUUUGAAAGCGGGAGAUCAAAUUCUUUCUGUUGAUGGACAAAGUCUUGUUGGAAUAACUCAAGAAAGAGCUGCUGAGUAUCUUGUACGAACUGGUGACCUAGUGGUACUUGAAAUUGCCAAGCAAGCUGCUAAAUAUCAUGGACUUGGUGGUCUUUUAUCUCAGCCAUCACCAGUCAUGGGUCGUGACACAGACCGUCCAGCACGUCCAAAAUCUGUCCAAUUAAAUGCGGAACAGGCAAAUAACAUUCCACCAACAUCAUCACGUUCUAUGGGUAAUUUAGUACAUGUAUCAACAAACAACUUACACCACCAACAACAACAACAACAUCAACAAUAUCGACAAGCAUAUUUAGAUAACCAAUCUGGACAAAAUUAUACAGGAUCACGUCGCAUGAGUGAACGCGAUCUUCCAUCACGCCUCGGCCAUGAACCAGGUCAUCAACAAAUUCAUAGCAGCAAAUCUGUACCAGCACUGCACAAUGUAGGAACAAGUGAGGGUAAACAACAGCAUGAAGUAUUUAAUCCUGGAUUUAGUAGGGCAUCAUCAAGUAAUAGUGUUACACCACCAGUACAACCACCACCAAUGCCAGCAAUGAAUGGAGCAACAUCACUUCGUUCACGAUCAAGUCAUAAUUUACAUGAUACAAUGAGAACAACAGGUACUUUACCUCCAUCAGGUUUAGUAAGUCGUCAACAAUCAUCACCAAAUCUUACACCAACACAAUCAUCACAUGGUAAUAAUAAUCCACAAGUUAAUUCACAAAGUAUUGAUGCCGAAAGGCAUUAUCAAAAUUUAAGUGUAUAUCGUCAUCAAGAUCAAAUAAUACCACCAAUGAAACAACAACCAAGUCCACCUCAACCAAUUGAUGAACGUAAUAAUAAUAAUACUCUUUAUACACAACAAAAAAAUUUACGUGGUUCACAAAAUUCAUUAAAUCGUCCAACAAAUGAUAUGGUUCAACAUCAAACAUUAUCACGUGAUCGUCCAAUAUCAGCUUAUAUACCACAACAACAAAAUAUCAUUGGUGGUGGAGGAGGAGGAAUAGGACAACAAGGAUAUGGUUUAAAUCAAAUGACACAUCAAUUGCAACAACCACCAAGAUCACAAUCAUCAAAAGAUAUAAUAAGACAAGAAGCAAAAUUACAAGAAAUGCAAGAAGAAGUAAGACGUCGUGAAUUACGUGGUGGUAUGCCAAAUGGUCCAUCAAUUAUUAAUCAAUAUAGACCAAAUGCAUAUAAUCAACGUCCAACAACAGCUGCACAAGUUGCUAAUUUAAUGAGACCAACAAGACCACCAGUUAUUGGUUCAACUCCAAAUCUUGCAUCACCAAAUUCACCAAAUUAUUAUGGUUAUCAACAACAACAACAACAACAAUUUGCUGCUAAUCAAUAUGGACAAUUUAAUAAUAACAAUAAUAUAAAUAAUAAUAAUGUUAAUAGUGUUAAUAAUAAUAAUGUUAAUAGUAUAAAUAAUAAUAAUAAUAUAAAACCACAACAAAUAUCAAAUCAAUAUGCAGUUGUACCAAAAAAAGGUGAUCCAGCACGUAUUGGUAAUCAUCAAAUUGAUACAACAAUAACAAGAGAUUAUAAUUGUGAUAGCAAUCGUCAAAUUAUGGAACAUAAUCGUCAAUUUGUUGGUAGUCAAUAUUCAAAUGGACAAUAUCAAAUUAAUCAUAAUGGUAAUAAUGAUAUUAAUAAUGAUGAUAUAUCACCACCAAUUAGACCAUUAUUACCAGAUGAUGUUGGAUAUAGAGAAAGUCCACCACCACCACCAUUAAAUACAACAACACAUCCAUUAUAUAGUAAACAAACAGAUAUUGGUUAUACAGCAAGUAUGCAAGAUCUUCCACGUGGUAGUUAUUAUCCAAAUUCUGGUAAUACAACACCAGCAGCAGCAAUAACAACAACAACAACAACAACACCAACAACAACACAACAAACACGUCAAUAUCAAUAUAAUGCAACAAAUCCAUGGCAACGUGAAGAACGUGAAAAAGAACAAGCACGUCGUCGUGAAGCAGCACGUUUAUGGCGUGAUCAACAAAUUAUUGAAUUAAGUUCACAAAAUCAUCGUACAUCACAACAAGAUGAACAAUUACGUGCAUUACAACUUGAACGUGAUUUUCAAAAACGUGCUGAAGAAGCAGCAAAUCAACAAGAUGAAGAUGAUGAUAAUACUGAUAUUGAUAAUGAAAGUACACAACGUGUACAAGGUUUAUUAAGAAUGGCUGCUAAUAAUCAAGAUAAUAAAAUUAAUCAUACAAAUAAUAAUAAUAAUAAUAAUAAUAAUACAUUAAUUAGAAAUACUAUUAAUAAUCAAUCAUUACGUGGACAAAACUAUCCACAACCAGUUGCAAGUCAAUUACAAUCAACAAUUGUACCAUUACAUACAGCAAGUAGUCAACUUGGUAUUGGACAAAAUCAACAAAAUAAUGAUACAAUUAAUAAUAAUAAUAAUAAUAAUAUACAUAUGACACAAUUACAACAACAAAAUACAAAUUUAAUUGGACAAUCACCAAGUAUUAUACAACAACAAAAUUAUAAUCAAUCUGGUCAAUUAAUUAAUAAUAAUAAUAACAAUAACAAUAAUAUUAUUCAUAAUAAUAACAAUAAUAAUAAAACAAAUAUGCAAAUUAUACAAGAUGAACGUGAACGUCAGCGUAAAAUUGAUGAUUACAAAAGAAAACAACAACAAAUUGAUUAUGAUGAUAAUCAAAAAAGACGAGAUGAUGAUAUUAAACUCUUGCUUCUUCAACAACAGCAACAACAACAAAUGUAUCAUAAUAAAAAUCAACAACAAUCAAAUCCAAAUAUGUUAAGAUUGGAUAAUCUCGUUAUAAAUAGACCAGUAUCACCAACAGCAUCACAAAAUGGAAAUGAUAUUGCACCACCACCACCUGAAAGAGGAUCAAGUUAUACUGUUAUGUCACAACAAUCUGCAUUACGAUCAAAUACUGGAUCAUUAACACCAAAUACACCAAUUAAUCAAUCACAAAUAACACCAACAAUAACACCAACAAUAACACCAGCAAUAUCAACAACUAAAAGAGUUUCAUUUCAUGAUGUAAAUGCAAAUAAUGAACAAAUAUCUAAAACAACAACAACGUCAAAUUCAAAUGUUAUUUCAAAUAAUCAGUCUUCAAUCAUGGAUACUAUUCGUGAAGAUCCAAAUAAUUUCAUUAAUGACGCAGAAAUUUUCUUGGCAUCUCCAAAAACACCUGAAGGACCUGGACAAUUUAAUAACUCGACACCGGGUGUUAUUGGUGCCCAAGAAGUAUACAAUGAUCCAAGACACAAACGAUUAGCUGAAAAACAACGACUAAUGAUGAAUGCACAGCCAGGUGAAGUACCAGAAAAACUUAGUUUUAAAGAAAAAAUGAAAAUGUUUGCUAAAGAAACUGGUGAAGAUGGUACACCACGAGAUAAAGUUAAAAUAUCUCGUGCACAAAGAGAAAUUGAUAAUAUUGGUAGUCCACUAAGUCCCAACAAUAAUAAUAAUAAUAUCAACAACAAUAAUAACAACUAUAAAAGUUGAAAUUAAUUAUUUCGAAAUAAAAUAAAAUUACUAAUAAAUAAUUAAAAUUAUCAAAAUAUAUAUAAACAAAUAUUUAGCAAUUUGUUGUAAUUAAUUAUAUAUCAUAAAUAAUUAAUAAUUAUGAUGAAAAAUAAUAAUAAUAAUAAUAACGACAAUGAUAAAUGUUUAAAUAAAUGUGUCAAAUAUUUAGAAAUAAAAUUAAUAUCUUUUUUUUUUUUCAUUUUUUUUUUUUUUUUUUUUGCGGUAUAAAGACAAUUUAUUUAAACCGUAUUAUAAUUUAAUAAUAAUACACAAGAUAUUUUUUUAUAUCAUUUGUAAAUAACUUACAAUUAUAAUAUAAUUAUUAUUAUCAUACAGGAUAUAUAAUUAUAAUUGUUUAUUAUUAUUGUUGUUUGAUAUUUAAUCAGCAAAUAUUAGAUAAAAAGUAUUAUCAAGUAUUGUUUGUUUUUUUUUUAUAUAUAUAAUGAUAAUAAUAAUAAUAAGUGACAAUUAAUAUUUGUGUUAAAAUAAUGAAAGUAAAAAAAAAAAAAAAAAUGAAAAUAAUUAUGAAUAAAUUUCAUUGUUCGCCGUAUCGUUUGAGCAAUUAAAAUAUUAUUUUUAGCGAUUGAUAUAAUUUGCUCGAAUGCUUCCCUUGAUUCAAUGAGUUGAUCAAGAUUUAAAAAAUGUUUUUUUUUAUGUUUUAUUAUUUUCAUUCAAUUAAUUAUUUAUAAUUGAAAAACGAUUUAUUAAUUGUAAUUGACAAAAUUGAUUUAAUGUUAAUGUAUAAAUGAAUUUAUUGAAUUUUGAUGAAUAUUUAAAAUUAUGUAAAUUUAUUUAAUUUUUAUUAUAUAUGUGUAAUUAAGUGAAUGUAAUAUUGAGAGGAUGUUUGAAGCGCAAACUACAGCCAGGUAUAUAAUCUUUAUAUAUUUUUAUUGUUUGAAAACAAGUAUCAUCGUUCUAUUUUUUUUUUUUUUCGUUUUUUGUAUGAAAAAAAAAAAAAAAGCUAUUUAUAUUAUUUGACAAUAUUUUUUGUGACGUUGGCAGUUUAUUAGCAGGAUUUUUUUUAAAUUAAUUAAUUUAUUAUUAUUAAUAUUGUGUUAUUUAUGAAUUUAUGAAAAUAAUUUUCAUGUGAAAAUUGGUUAAACACUAG